GCUGGUUCUGCGAGGCGGUUGCUCGUUUGCCUGAGGCGGAAAGGGGGCCGGGUGUCGGGCGGGGCCUUAAUCGGCAUGCCUCAGGGGAAGGAGCCGGUGGCUCUCCUAGUCUUCAGGGCGGCCUCAGGCGGAGGAGGAGGCGGGGUCCGGGGGACGGGGGUCCCAGGGAGAGCCCACCUCCAGAAGAGGAGGCACCUCGGCAGCAGAAGCAAGGGCACCAUCAUGACCGAGGAGGCCAAGAAGCUGGCUGCUCGGGCGGCUGUGGAUAACCAUGUGCAGAAUAACCAUGUCCUCGGAAUUGGAAGUGGCUCUACAAUCGUCCAUGCCGUACAUAGGCUAGCGGAGCGAGUGAAGCAAGAAAAGCUCAACAUAGUUUGUAUCCCUACAUCUUUUCAGGCACGUCAGUUGAUUCUGCAGAAGGACUUAACUUUAAGUGACCUGGAUAGACACCCUGAGUUGAAUGUUGCCAUUGAUGGGGCUGAUGAAGUUGACAUGAACCUCAAUCUAAUCAAAGGAGGAGGGGGCUGCCUGACCCAGGAGAAGAUUGUUGCUGGCUAUGCAAAAAGCUUCAUAGUCAUUGCUGAUUACAGGAAAAAGUCUGAAAACCUUGGAGAGCAAUGGAAGAAAGGAAUUCCAAUUGAAGUCAUUCCGAUGGCCUAUGUGCCAAUCACCAGAGCUCUGGCCAGGAGGUUUGGAGGUGUUGCAGAACUGAGGAUGGCCGUUAAUAAAGCUGGCCCAGUGGUGACGGACAAUGGGAACUUCUUAUUAGACUGGAAGUUUGACAAAGUCCAUGACUGGAAUGAAGUAAACAUGGCAAUCAAGAUGACACCAGGUGUGGUGGAAACUGGUCUCUUCAUCAACAUGGCAGAGCGAGUUUACUUUGGCAUGGAAGAUGGCUCUGUCAGUGUACGCGAAAAGCCGGUCCACUGACUGCCAUUCAGCUUCCCCAAAUCUACUCUGCCUUCAUCCUGUUAUAAUCAUUAUGGUGCCAAUCUGACAUCUUGCCUUAAAGCGUGUCUGUCCGGAUCUUGAUGAAUGAAAUGGAAGGUCCAGCAGAUUUCACAAAUAAUGAAAGUGAAUGUUGUCUUAAAAUCUAUUUUUUACUUUUUUCAUGUAAUUUGUUUUUAAAAUAGUCAGUCAACAUUUUAAGCUUUUUUCACUUGGGUUUUUAUAUGAAACAUUUACCAAAAAGGAUGCUUUAUACAAUACUUGAACCAACUGGCUGUGUGAAGUGUAUCUGGUGAGAAUAAGAUAGUGGCCUGAAUCCUAUUAGUAAUCUCAACUAGAGUAUACUCAUUGAAGCAGUGGGAUUGUUGACCCACAGUUCACAACUGAUUCUAUGUGUAAAUUCUUGUUGGCAUAAUUGAUGAAGAUGCAUUUAUGCAAAAGAGCUGUAUGUAGUUGGUAAUCACAGAUGCCUUAUUGGAAUCUUUUUGGUUCUAUAAUUUAUGCCUUCUAAUGAUUUUUACCAUAAACUGUUUUUAAUAACAGAGAAUGUCCAGUUAGUGUCAUUAUAAUGCAGCUGCUACUUGUGCAGUUGACCUCCGUGGUGGGAAUGGAAUAUUAAGUUCUUCCUAGAAAUGACUAGUAAUCUUGCACAGCAUUAUUAAUAUUCCCAUGUUGUAUGGGUAAUGUUUGAAGGAAGGGGAUCACUGUGCUUUGCACCCUAUAACCGUGUUACUGGCCCUAGUCAACUCACAUUGGAUGAACCAUUGUGUCCAUAUGGAUAAACCACACUUUCAAAUGUUUCCAAAGUGGCAUGGAAGAGGCCCUACCACAGUGUCUCCAAGCAACUGUGCAUAAUGCAUGAAUUGUUCAAAAGUUUGGUAUGUAACUUAAGAAGUGUUUCAAACUUUUAAUUGGCCCUUCCCAAUAGAGGAAGGGAGAAAAUUCAGGUCCAGGUUAUUUGCACAAAGUCCUUUUGGCUAAACCAACUUAACUGGCACAACACUUUGGGCCUAUUUAACAUUGAAAGUUGCUGGUUCCUUGCAUGAUGGUGAUUCCUAGACUGUUAUAUGUGACUCAAACAAGAAUUAAAGUUCCUGGAUAGAUUCUUCUAAUGUAGCAAGAGCAAGGCACUUGUCAAACAUGUCAUAUUCCAUUUCAAAGUGCUUUGCAUGGUACUGUAUGUCAGAAACGAGACUCAUCACGUUUGUUUUAGGCGCUGGAAUAAAAGCUGUAAUGUCAGCUUUUUGUGUAUCUGUUUUGUGGUUAUAUGCCUUUCUAGUUGAGAAUAAAGAAAACCUGCCUUGCCAAAUCAA